UUUGACAUUCCUGCUCUACAAUUGUGCCAAUUCGAACUAAGAACUGCUGUAGUAUAUCAAUGUUUAUUGCAAUUAUCCCCUAGCAUGUGCCGUAGUAACAUUUCGCGAUUCAAGCAUCAAGCCCUUCCAACAGUUUCAAGGCUUGCAACAUCUCUCGCUCUCAAGAUAAUAUCCGUGUCCAAUGCUGCUUUGUAAUGAUGCCGGGUUGGUGAGCAGGUCAAGCCUCUAGACUCAAGGUGAUGACAGCUUUGAGUGAGACUGAUGGUGGUGCUGCGCUGUACUGCAAGGCAGAUGUCUUCGAUCAACGUCAUUGUAACAUGUUCACUGGCUAGAUGCUAGAGCUGUCAGCAUGAAUACCACAGUCAUCAUUAUCAUCUGCCUCGCACUGCUGUUUGGCCUACAGUGCUCUUGUGCUGGUAAGGACUCGCUGGCCUUCACUGUGGUCAGUGCACCUGGUGCUGGGGAUCAAAAGAAAGCUGAUGAGACUGUUUCGAUGCUGAAUGGCGUGACGCGGCACAAGCCCGCCGAAGCCAAUCAGCGUGCCGUAGGCAAUCCAGUGUUGUACACGUCACCGAUCUCUAAAGUUACCAGUGCUAACAUUGAACGUGCUGCCAGGAAUCAUGGAGAAACUGCCAAGGCACAACGGGAUCAUGUUCACGCGGCGGCCUCUUCUAGCCUCCCAGCACAUCCACUGCUAUUCUUUGAACAGGGUAGCGCUGGGCAUUUUCCCACGCUGGCAAAAUCCACACAUUCAGAAAUUGCCAAAGUUAUGCAGACUGCGUAUGAAAACAUGACAGGAGGACUGCAUCGGAAUCAGUCCCGAGCAAAUCCCCGUCCCGAGGCAGGCGCUGUAGCCUUUCUUUCAUUCUAUUCACUGCUGCAUACCAACAGUCCAGCCCAUGAAGAGGUGGCCCUGUCCAGUCUAUUGCGCUUAGUCAGAGGCGACACUGUGAAGGUGGCUCAGGGCCAAGUCCAAGGCUCACAGAAUUCUCGCAAUCUGCUCUGUGUUGCCAUUGCAUUUGAUAUGUUGUAUGGACAUAUGAAGAGUGUGGAUCGUCACCGGGUUAGUAAGCACAUCGUAGUGAAGACUGACAGAGUACUUUCCAGGCUACAACGUCACGUGGCUGCAUGGGAGAGUGAUGACCGCAAAAUCAGACUGGGUAUUCUGGAAGAUGCAGUGGCAUUGCUUGUUGGUAGCCUGGUGAUGCAUGAUCACCAGGACAAUGGUGUCCGGUCAAAAGAGAAACUAAGUCUGGCUCGACGCACUCUGGACAGGAUAAUGUCAGUGCUGGAAGACGUGGCAGAUGGAUCGAUUCCUGGAGCAGCAGGACGUACCACUGAGUGCAGUCAUCUUGUGUUCCUCUAUGUUCACUUAGCUAAGGUACAUUUGGAUGUGAACUAUUACCAGCAUCCAUGGCUGCGACAACAUCUACAGUUUCUGAUGGUUACCACGUUACCGGACUACAAGUCAUCCAUGAGAGCGGUGGAUUCAACCGUGCCUGGCUGGGCAUACGGCCCCGAAGCACAGUUACAUUUCCUUGACAAGUAUGUUGUUCUCAACGGACAUGCUAAUUGGCUAGCUCAGCAAAUCCAACGCCAUCGUUCCAGGCAGACUUCUAUCAAUCCAACAUAUACCCAAUAUGCUGGACAGUCUAGCUUCAUGUUAAUGUUAGAGUUCUUAUGGUUUGCACCUGACAUCAAGCCAAUACCUCCGACCGGUUCAUCGGCCGUUUCUCCUGUAUUCUUGGAUACAUUCGGUACAGUGGUGUCUGGAGUAGGUUCUCAGCCACCUAACAGAUAUUUUCUCAGUUUGCAAAGUGCCUCACAGCAGCAUGUUGAUAGCUCUUGGAGGCAAGUCAGCAAAGACAAAGUUAGUGAGCUUGCAUGGCUGUACCGCAAUUCUUUCCUAUUCUACCCUGGUGGACGGCCGUUUGUUGUUGAACAUUUUAAGAAACAUGGCACUGCGGUACAUCCUGGAAAUGCCUGGGUGUUCGAAUCUGUGGCAUGCACGGCAACAUUGCACUCACAGGCACCACCGUGUUCACCAUUGAAUGCAGGCAAUGAGAAGAGCAGUAAUGCUGCACACUCUGGUAUUGUGACGGCAAGCGAGCAAGAUGGCUUUGUGUUCAUCAUGAGCGAGGCAGCUGCUUUCUAUCCGGCCAAUCUGAUGCUUGUGAGCAAUAGCCGAUCCUUGCUUCUGCUCAAUCCUAAUGUCUUAGUCAUGGUUGACUCCAUCCAGCGGCACCCUGAUAGUUCCGUUGACCAUGGAAAUGUAGUCUUGAAUCUGUUUGAGGAGUUUGAACUUGAUAGCAGAGGACGCCAAGCUGCCCAUCAGCUCAAGAACACACAGCACAUCUAUUGGUUUGUUGAUGGCAGUAAUGACGUUACAGCCCGCCUGGAUGUCUCGCCAGGCCAUCAUUUGAAUGUUUCAGUGACUUUGGUAGAAGAGGUUACACGUGUUGUGUGGGUGUUCGUAGCCAACAGUAAUGCUGUACCAUCAGUGAGCUUCACACGAUCAUCACGGCUAGGUGUGGAGUUCAAUGUUCACCUGCAAAGUCAGCAGAACAACUUGAAGUAUACACUCUCGUUGGUCACUGGUUACUGGCAUGUGAAUACUCGCUUUCUCUGGCAUUGUAGUGGGUCUCUGGCACAUAUCAAACACAAAGGUGACACUGUCCAGUUCGGUGCCAUGCAUCGUCCAUCGGACCAGCCUCACUGGCAGGAUUUGUCAGACACAAGUGAAGUGGCCUCCAUCAAGUCUCUGUGCAAUAAAUCUCUGCCACUCACCAAUCUAUCUAUCUCAGCAUGGAGAGCUGCAGCCGAGAGCCCUUACAUAAUCUUCUCGUCACUACCGAUGGCCAAAAUGAGUGCCAGUAUUGCAGAACACCUGAUACAUCCUAGUCCAGACCUUGCACUACUAGCUAUCACUGACUUGCAGAAAAGGAGAGGUGCUAAUCGAGAAGCACUAUCUCCAUGCAUUUGGAGCGAUGAAGACUUUUCAGCAGGUCGAUAUCACACUACUCUUUGGUUCAGAAAGCUCAAGGAGGAUCCUUUGAUCACAAUCAAUAAAUCCCCAGCUUUGAAGCAGAAGAAGCGUCCGCAGGAGGUCACUAAACGGUUGUCGGAAGCCAGGCGUAAACUUGGAAAUGAUCCCUCCACUGUAGUCAUAGCCGGUGACUGGGAGGGAAGUUGGAUUCUGAAAAUGGAGUGGUUUACGAGUACAAUUCGGCCAGGACGUUUUGUAAUGUUCCUAGAGGAUCCUCGCGAGUGGGUAGCGUCCGUGCUGGAACACAAGUCACUGCUGAUGAAGAGCACAUUGCCAUUAGCAUCACAGAUAAGUAGUCUCCUUGACAAAAUCAAUCAUGAAUGUGACCAAGUCAGUAGAUGUGCACCGGCUUUUUAUCCUGUUGUGCAGACAGCUCAAGAUGAACUGACUUCCAAAGAGCCAAAUCUGCCCAGGGCUUUAGCUCUUGUGUGGCUUGCCUUUACUAACACAUCUCUUUGUCUGGCCAGCAAGCCGCCGUAUUCAGAGAGGAUCCACUUUGUACCUGUUAGUCACUUCCUGGAACGAGCAUCAACAGUAGCCAGAAGACUUUAUGAAUUCCUAGGAUUUCCGUAUCGACCUUCCAUUGCCAGUCACAUGCAUAGACUUAUAGAGAGUCGUGCGUCUAAGUAUGCUCGGUUUGUCAAGUCCUUGAAGAAGCAGAGAUCAUUCCCCAGGCUCACCAGGCAAGCUGUUUCUGACAUUGAGCACGUGUGUGGGCUAAUCAUGGCCGAGCUAAGCCACACAUGAUCAUAGCAAUGCUACAGCUGUCAUGAUCGACUUCAUAGUCAGCUCUUGUUCACGUCGACAAAUAACUUAGGAUAGUUUUCAGUUACUUGAGACAGCGAUGCACAUCAGCGUAGAUAUUAAGCACCUGUUCUAAAUCAUUUCUCUCUUAUUCGUAUACACUGAGUACAGUGUAGAUUUGUGAUGUGUGCAGUCCUUUCAGAUAACUGAGUUUAUACAUGCUUCUCACCCCCACACUAUCCCUAAUACCUGGAACUCCUAGUUUUACUUUAGGUUGCAAUUGUGCAAUAAUAGUAAAACCUAGAAUUGUUUUAGAUCAGAAAGCAAUUAUUAGCUCCUCACUUCUUUAACUCCAAAAACGGUCUCUUCACUGCGAAUAUCUUUAUAUUUCACCAAUAUUUCGGGCCAGAAUGCCUCAAAUAAUUAUGCAAACAUCUAUGUCAGUAUUUAUUAGACAGUGCGGGACACUGAUUUUUAUUUUUUUCACCAAUACUAACCAUGAUUCUAUUUCUGUACACACCCGUAUCGCUUUGUAACGAAAUGUGGCAUUGGGUGAGGCGAACUUCAAUUUUGCAUC